AUGGCUAGUAGUCACCUAGCAGUUUUCAUCUCAUCACUGUUGCUUCUCCCAUUGGCCUUCCGCUCCAUAGAUGCUUAUGGAGACAUCCCACAAGAGAAGAAAACUGAGGUAGUUGUGGAAGGAAUGGUGUACUGCCAGAGCUGUGAUAAUUAUGGACCAUGGUCCUUGUCGAAAGCAGAACCAAUUGCUUCAGCUAAAGUUAGUGUCAUCUGCAAAAACAGCAAGGAUAAAGUUAGCUUCUACAAGGCCUUUGAAACAGACGGAAAUGGCUACUUCUUUGCCGAACUUGAAGGCUUCAAAAUGAGCCACUCUCUUUUGGAUCAUCCUCUCCAAUCUUGCCAUGUCAAGCUUAUUUCAUCACCUCUUGAGAACUGCAACGCCCUUUUGAACGUUAACUACGUACUGUACGGCUCCCCACUUCGUUAUGAAAGCAAGAGACUAUACAGAAAGGAUUACGAGGUUGUGAUCUAUGCUGCAGGUCCCUUGGCUUUCCGACCAGCUCAUUGCCCUGCCCCCACUCACCAUUAA